AUGGGGAUCUAUGCAGUAUUAAUCUUCAUCCCCGCCCUUUGUCAUGCAGCAUUGUUUCAUAUUGUCAGCUGGGAGUCUGUCCAUAGGUGGGCAUUUCUGUUACAAAUGACAUGGCAGACUGGAUGUCACCUAUGGCUAAUGUACAGACAGUAUUAUCUGGAGGAAACCAUGCCUGUUAAGUUAUCUAUUAUGAUUUCAUCUCUUAUGCUCUUGACUCAAAAAGUCACAUCUCUGGCUAUGGAUCUCCAUGAACAAAAGAUGACAUUUACAACAAACUAUUUCAUGAAGGAGAAAGGUUUUCAUACCGUGUGGAGGUACAAUAUACUAGUCAUCCUUUCUUAUUUCAUGUUCUUCCCUGCUCUCCUGGGCGGUCCACUAUGUUCAUUUGUGAAGUUCCAGCAGCAGGUUGGUAAAGCUUCCUUGUGCCGUAACUUGAAGCAUGCCUGGACCCUAACUAGAGGCAUGACAUUAUUCAUGUUGCUUCAGAUACUUCGAGCUGUGCUUCUUGAAAAGAUUACCUUCCAAUGUGACCUCAUGAACUGCAGACACCUAGACUGUAUAUAUGUUAUGUGGAGCACAGCGCUGAUAUUUAAAAUGACUUAUUAUUCCCACUGGCUACUGGAUGAAGCCUUAUUUCACACAGCAGGAUUUUCCAUAGAAUUAUGUUCACACGUAAAAGUUUCCGACAUCAAUAUCUUCACCUUAGAAACAACUAAUAAAAUCUCAGUGUUUGCCAGAACCUGGAACAAAAGCACAGCCAUGUGGCUAAGAAGACUUGUAUUUGGAAACUGCAGGACAAGACCUGUAUUGUGCACAUUCGCAUUCUCAGCUUGGUGGCAUGGACUAUACCCUGGACAAAUCUUUGGUUUUUUGUGCUGGGCAUUGAUGCUGGAGGUUGAUUACAGAAUACAUAAGAAUUUAGAUUGUGAUUCAAAACCCUGGUAUAUCCAAUAUCUGUUCAAAACAUGUACCUGGUUGCAUACACAGUUAAUUAUUGCAUAUGUCAUGGCAGCCAUUGAAAGCAGGACCUUAGCAAGUGUAUUAGCCCUCUGUUUUUCGUACAACAGUUUUUUUCCUAUUACCUAUUGUAUAUCAUUUAUAUUCUUAGGAAAACGUAAAAAAGGAUAG